CCAAGUAAGUUGCCUUUGCACAUUCUGCAACGAAAGCUAAACCUAGCUAGAGCAAGAGAGAUUUGUGCCAUGGGAAGUGGAAAGAAGAGGGCAGCGCUUGCGUCCCUGUUCGGGUUCAAGAACAAGAGGCAAGAGGAGGAGGAGGAGGAGGCCACGGCGGCGAGGCGGCAGCAGCAGCAGCAGCAUGCGGCGGCAGCACCGCAGCAGAGGUACCAUUAUCACAGGGUGCGGCCCAGCGAUGAUGACGACUACGCACGGCACUGGUACGCCCAACGCGACAUCGACCAGAAGGCCUCCGAGUUCAUCGACAAGGUCCAUCGCCGGAUGCUCGCAAACGAGCAAGACGGGUAGUUUAAGCCACCGGCAGGGCUCGUACGUAUAAUGCACGUACCAUCUGUGUGGUGGUCUAUCUGGUCUUAGCUUUUGCUGCUAGCUAUAGAUCGUAUGUGUGCAUGGUUGCGUGUGUGUGGUUAAUUGCUUUGUUUGAUUGGGUAUCUGUUACUCCCUAGUGAUGUCAACGUUUUAUACUUUCUUUACGGAGGGAGUAUUUUGUUGUUUCCAUGUGGCCGGAUGUAUAGGUAACUACAGAAUGAUGAGCGUGUAAUGCCAUGUCCGAUGAUAGCAAUU